AUGGCGGAAAAGCGACGAGCAUCAGGACGGGCGCGAGACGCGAAACGACGAAGGACAUCGACCAAAGCACCGACGCCAAAAGAUGCAACACCACAGGAGGCUACACCAGUCGUCGAAGAACCGGUACGAGAAGCUACACCCUUGCCGAACAAGGUCGUUGAUUCGAGGCUUCUGCCCACCCUCUCGGAGCCGCAAGGUGUCGGCCUCUCCAACGAUGAAUACAAGAGCAUUGCAGAAAGCGGAGUGUUACUGGCAUCGCUGGAGCGAUCACGACAAAAGUGGGUUUCUGGUACUUUCUUGGAAAAGUACUGGACCAAGACAUCGGGAAGAAAAGAUGCGCCUCCUGCGCCACCGGGCAAUCCACACAAGUCAUGGAUGAAGGAGAUUGGGCCAUGCACGUUGGUGGUAGAGCCCAUGAUCUUCGAGGCCACAGCAUACUACGUCAAGGAACCAGGUCCAGCACCGUCCUCGUCUUCGUCACAUCAAGCGCCUCCGCAACAGCAAUUCCAACAGCAACAAUACCAGCACCAGUACCAACAUGGUCCUCCCCAACAGUACAAUCAACAACAACCACGACCCAAUCCAAACCCUUCCAAUGGCAGUCCUUAUGGAGCUCCAUAUUCGCAUUCUUCCACACAAUAUCAAGGUCGUCCUCAUCCACCACCAAUCAUGCCCGCUACCGCUCGAGCUCCACCACCUCCGCCUGCUGCUCCCGCACCUGUCAAACAGUCGCCUGAUCCCGUCAUCCAAAUGCUGGCCUCACGCGCAAGCAGUGAUCCCGAGCUCAAAGCGCUUAUGAAAAUCGUAGCCACCGGCAACGCCAACCAAGAACAGUUGCGAAUCUUCCAGAGACACAUAGACGAGUUGACGGCCAUGAUCAACGCAAACAAAGCACAACCAAACAGCCAAACAAACUCUCCCGCUCCACCACAGCAGCAUGCUCCAUCNUCGCCCUCCCUCCGCCGCUCCUGCUAUCAAACCACAUCCUGCGACAGCCCAACCACAUGCUCCGAUAUACCCUAUGCCCCAACAACAUCCGCAUUACCAACACCAACCACCUCCACCGCCGAGAUACCCNNUAGCUACCCUAUCGUACUCGAGUUUCAAGGCCCUGGCGCCUCGCCUGACCGCUUCCGCUUCCCCGAAUAUACUAUCCUUGAAUUCCUCAACUCAUACAAGAUGCUCGCAUCAUUCCUCGUCAUUCGCAAAGGAAAAGACGUCAGCCCCCAACUCGACCCCGAUACCGAGUACUACGAGCCUGUCACCAUGACAAUUAGCGUGCCCGAAGGUCGCUCGGCUACAAGAGAUGUUUUGCAGUUCAUUACACGAUGCGUGAAGCCUGCCGAUCAGGUUCGCAAUUACAUGACCGAGAAGAUCGAGAAAUGCACUCGUGCUCCGACGCGACAUCUCGCCUUCAGGCUACCACACAAGAGCGGCAUUGUUGAAUUAGAAGAGGAGAUUCCUGUUGUGCAAGAAGUCAAGCCAAAGCCUAAGCCGGCGCCUAGGAAGAAGAAGGAAGACAAAGAGAAGGAGAAUGACCAAGCAGGGGAGAAAGAUGCUGCGAAAGGUGCUGCACCAGCUCCUACUGGUACAGAGACCUCUAUCGGACAGGAAGCUCCUACGCAGAGCGCGACGCAAGAAACACCUGCGACCACUUCUGUCGAUCCUUCGACGAAUACCCAAGCGGGCACAAACGAGGCGCAAGCUACUGCCGCUGUGCCUGUACCUACAGGUCCAGAGUCUGCUCAACCUGCAGAAACAACAGCAACAGACAGCACAACCGCAAAGCGCAANAAGUCUGUUCGCAUUUCAGAAGUGCCUGUCAUCGGCAACGAUAGCAACGACAGCCCCAGCACAGCAGUCGCAGCUCCAAAUGCUCCAACAAUCACAACCUAG